AUGGCCAAACGGGCCGCAGGAAAACAUUUUGCAAGGGCGAAACACACCCUUACUUGAUUGGGUAAUAUUGACGGACGGAAAUGGGGAAAAUCGUAUUCAGGUCUUCCUAAUUCUUAGUUCGCCGUUAUUAUAGAGUUGCUUUAAUUGGUGAAAUGACACUUUGAAUCUCCUUCAGCAAAUGGCUUCAUUGACCUUUUUCAAAUUGAUUCCAGAACGCAACCAAACAUUCACAGCUAAUCCUCACUUAAGUAUAGGCUUCAAGAAAAUCAACCCAUUAAUCCAUUUCUCCUCCAUCCACUUUCCUCAUUUCUUCCCCAAAAUCUCUCUUCACAACCAUAACUCACAUUUCCAACUUUGCUUCUCGCAACGUUCACAUGCAGCUCACGACUUCUUCGACAACACCCAUUCUUUUGUGACAAAGGUUGUCAUUCUUUUAACGUUUUCAUUUGCACUUCUUUCCCUUCGCAUCGUUUCAACAAUUCUUGUUCCUCAGUUUCCUCAAAGAUGGACCCGACUCAUUGCUUUCUCUAAACGAGCUGAGUUAGAGGUGAUGAGUAGUUGUCCUCAGCAUUUGAUAGAAGCUGUGGUUGCCUACGAGGACAGACGCUUCUUUCACCAUUUUGGGGUCGAUCCCGUUGGCGUUGCUCGUGCUGUUUUGUCGCUCUCGUCUCUUGGUGGUGGCAGCACAAUUACCCAACAGCUUGUCAAAAACUCAUUCUUGAAGAAUGAACGCACAUUCUUGAGGAAAAUUGUUGAGAUGAUUCUGGCUUUAGCACUAGAGGGAACAAUCUCAAAAAUGGAAAUCUUGAGUGCUUAUUUGUGUAAGAUAUAUUGGGGACAUGGCAUUUAUGGUAUUCAAUCUGCGUCCAAAUUUUAUUUUGGGAAGCAUAUAUCUCUUCUUAGCUUGGGGGAAUGUGCUAUGCUUGCAGCAAUGAUACCAGCCCCAGAACUCCGGUCGCCGUUCAGGGACUCUAGCAGAGGAAAGACCUUCCAAGCUAGAGUGCUGAAAAGGAUGGUGGAAUUUGGAUUUCUUGAUGUCGACAUGGCAGGCAUUGCAGUAAAACAACCUCUCAUACUGAAUUCUGGAAGCCCAGAUCAUUCAGAUGGGUUGUUGGUUAUAUCGGCUUCCUCUCAAGUGCAUUCAGGUAUGAACACAACGUGCGACAGAGGUUUAUUCUCAACCAUCAAGAGAAUAUGGGACUGGGAAACAGAAAGCAAGAUAUGGGAAGUGAAAGAGGACAUGGAGAGAUGGGCAACUGGUGUAAAACGAUUGGGAAGCAUCAAUGGUUCCCAAGUCCAAUUCAGAAGAAGCUUCUUUUCUUGAUCAGACGUAAGAGAUCUCUUCCAACAUUCUAUAUGAAUUGUAGAAAUGGUUGAUGAGUUUCAGAUUUGAUUAUCUCAUGCUAGUUGGUUAAAGUACUUGUGUGUGGCAGUGAGUUUUCAUAGAUGCAUUAGAAAGAAACAAAACAAAGUUAACUGUUAGUUUUGGUGGUCAAGAUAUAAAAGCACUUGAUUACCAAAACAUGUAAAACUGAAUGUUUUGGCCAUAAAGUUUGUUUGUAGUAAGUGCUUUCGGGUAUUUAUGAAACACUGUAAAAGUACUUCCAAAUGCCCUAAGUACUCUCUGCAAAGCGAUUUGCUUAUUGAAUGAAAUAGGGGCUUUGUAGAAUUGAUAAUAACGAGUCUUACCACAAAUGUGAUGGCAGGUGCAAAGCCAGCAAAAGGGGAUCAUAUGAAUUGGUGCAAUGACACUACCCAUAAAGAUAAUUUGAAGGCUUCGGAAGGAAUUCCGAAAUGGUCCUAGAAGAAUUAAGAGUUAGGCUUUUUGACAGCGCCAGAGAUCCCAACGGAGGGUCUUUGAAUAUAAGUUCCUAUGUGAAAAUGUUCUUUAACUUGUGAAACAUUGAAGUACAUACUUUAAAUGACUAAUGUCUUCGGACAAAUGCGUUGGCAUUCAUUGCUUUGCUAAGAGCUUCCCCCACCC